UAUGAAAAGAAAUUAGUAUUCUGUGGUUAGACAUAUUUGCCAAAAUGCUAAAAUGAAAUGGCAAAAUCUCCAAUGAGAACAUUUUGAAUUUUUGUAACAUAAAUGAAUUUAUUUUUCAUAUGGGGGUUUGGAGUGGAGAAGUACACAGAUGAUACCAGGAUUUCCUUCAUGAUGCUAAUAUUUUAAAGGUGGAAAAGAAAACCGUCCAAAUUGAAACUUUGCACAAGACAUUUUACAAUUUGACCUCUACACUGAAGCCUACGAUCUGUCUAUUAAUUCCUGUGUCCCCUGUGAGGUGAGCUCGAGAGAAAGCCCUGCGCCCACUGCGGUGAGUUGCAGCAGUGAACUUUGGGCUCCGCAGGGAGGAGGAAGGGAAGUUGAGAAGGACUUUGGACCCGGUUGCCUGGCUGGCUGUCUUCCUCAUGGGUUCCCCCAGCCACCCCAGCAGGGACUGCUCCCAGGUCAUUGAUCACAGCCAUGUUCCCGAGUUCGAGGUGGCCACCUGGAUCAAAAUCACCCUCAUCCUGGUGUACCUGGUUAUCUUCGUGGUGGGCAUCCUGGGGAACAGUGUCACCAUUCGGGUCACCCAGGUGCUACAGAAGAAAGGCUACCUGCAGAAGGAGGUGACAGAUCACAUGGUAAGCCUGGCUUGCUCCGACAUCCUGGUCUUCCUCAUCGGCAUGCCCAUGGAGUUCUACAGCAUCAUCUGGAACCCCCUGACCACACCCAGCUACACCGUGUCCUGCAAGGUGCACACGUUCCUCUUUGAGGCUUGCAGCUAUGCCACGCUGCUGCACGUGCUAACCCUCAGCUUUGAGCGCUACAUCGCCAUCUGCCACCCCUUCAGGUAUAAGGCCAUGUCUGGGCCCUGCCAGGUGAAACUGCUGAUUGGCUUCGUCUGGGUCACCUCCGCCCUAGUGGCGCUGCCUUUGCUUUUUGCCAUGGGAGUGGAGUACCCCUUGGUGAACGUGCCCACUCGCCGGGGACUCACUUGCAACCGCUCCCGCACACGCCACCAGGAGCAACCGGAGAGUUCCAACAUGUCUAUCUGUACCAACCUGUCCAGCCACUGGACCGUGUUCCAGUCCAGUAUCUUCGGCGCCUUCAUGGUCUACCUCGUGGUCCUGGCCUCCGUGGCCUUCAUGUGCUGGAGCAUGAUGCAGGUGCUGAGGAGGAGUAAGCAGGGCACCCUGACUGCCCAAGGGCGGCAGCUGCAGCUGAGGAAGUCGGAGAGCCAGGAGAGCAGGAGCGCCCGGAGGCAGACCAUCAUCUUCCUGAGGCUGAUUGUUGUGACCUUGGCCGUCUGCUGGAUGCCCAACCAGGUUCGGAGGAUCAUGGCAGCGGCCAAACCCAAGCACGACUGGACCAAGUCCUACUUCCGGGCAUACAUGAUCCUCCUGCCCUUCUCAGACACCUUCUUCUACCUGAGCUCCGUCGUCAACCCGCUUCUGUACAACGUGUCGUCGCAGCAGUUCCGAAGCGUGUUCGGGCAGGUGCUGCGCUGCCGCCUGACGCUGCCGCACGCCAACCAGGAGAAGCAGCUGCGUGCCCACGUGGCCUCCACCGUGGACAGCGCCCGCUCCGCGCGCCGCCCGCUCAUCUUCCCGGCUUCCCGGCGCAGCGGUUCCUCUGCAAGAGCUAACAAGGUUUUCUUAAGCACUUUUCAUAGCGAGGCCAAGCCCGAGUCUAAGCCUCAGGAGCUGAGUUGCGAGUCACCAGAACCCAACUUGGAGACGAAACCAGCCAACCCUGCCACCGGGAAUGGUUUUCAGGAGCACGAAGUGUGA